GUAUUUAAUCAUGAUUCUGCCCGCCUGUAGUCGGUGGCUCCGUAAUCUGAUCGCUAUAAACUGCUCUUUGUAUAUAUGUGUGUUUUCCUUUCAUGUGUUUAAAUGCACAGCAUCGAGAAAGGAUGCGUAUUCAGAUGACAGGUGGUUGGAUAAACCACUCAUAGACCAAUAUGGAAUUAUUCACCCGGUGUGGUCGUAUGCUGCCAGACGCAGGAGGUCACCUGGCAAGUCAGAAGACCAGGCCUGGGAUGCAGAGGUGAUUAUUACAGCUGAGGGAAGACAGCUGAUGCUUCAGCUCCAGAGGAACAAGCAGCUGUUUUCCCCCAGAUACAAGGAGACGUGGUACAGCCCGGAUGGGGCCCGGCGCACCUUCUUCCCACACCAGGAGAACUGCUUUUUCCAUGGUGUGGUGGCAGGAGAGGACGACUCGAGUGUGGCUGUAAGCGGCUGUGGGGGGCUGAGGGGCCUGAUCACCGUCAACAGCAGCAUGACGUACCUCAUCGAGCCACUGGCUGGGUGGGCAGGGUUCGGGACCGACGGGCAUGCCGUCUACCGCGCGGAGCACCUCCGACUCCCCAAAGGCACCUGCGGGCAUCGCCACAACCACGCAGCUCAAGUGCUGGAGGACCUCAUCGACGGGAUGGCGCAGGCGCCCCCUAGUGGCAGGGAAAAAAGGGAUAUGAGCGGCAGCAUGAAAUAUGUGGAGCUGCUGCUUGUGGCUGAUCACGCUGAGUUCCAGAAGCACGGCAGGGACUAUGAACGCACUCGCAUGAAACUGCUGGAAGCCGCAAACUUCGUGGACAAGUUCUACAAGGCCCUUGACGUCCGCGUGGCACUGAUUGGCCUGGAGAUCUGGACGGACGGGGACAAGAUCAGCGUGUCUGCGAACCCCUACAGCACCCUGGGCUCCUUCUUGGCCUGGAGGCGCAAGCAGCUGCAUCUCUCACCCAACGACAACGCCCAGCUCAUCACGGGAAUCUCCUUCCAGGGAACCACCAUUGGACUGGCACCACUGAAUGCCAUGUGCUCCGAGUACCAGUCAGGCGGGGUGAACUCGGACCACUCGGAGAGUGCAGUGGGUGUGGCAGCCACCAUGGCCCACGAGAUGGGCCACAAUUUCGGGAUGAGCCACGACACCCCUGGGUGCUGCCUCGCCCGCGCCGACGACGGGGGCUGCAUCAUGGCCGCCUCCACAGGUCACCCCUUCCCAAAAGUGUUCAACGCCUGCAACAAGAAGGAGCUACAGCGCUACCUGAGCUCUGGGGGGGGGAAAUGCCUCUCCAACCCCCCCAACACCAGCGCCAUGUAUGGGGGCCCUCGCUGCGGCAACGGCUACCUGGAGGACGGCGAGGAGUGCGACUGCGGGGAAGCGGAGGAAUGCUCCAGUCCGUGCUGCAAUGGUCAUAACUGCACGCUGAAGGCGGGAGCCCAAUGUGCACAUGGCGUCUGCUGUGAGAACUGCAAGCUGAAGAGCCCAGGGAUCUUGUGCCGCCCUGCCUCUGGCUCAUGUGACCUACCAGAGUACUGCGACGGGAAGUCAGAGUCCUGCCCUGCCAACUUCUACCUGAUGGAUGGGACGACGUGCCUGGACGGGCUGGCCUACUGCUACACGGGCAUGUGCCUGACGUUGGAACAGCAGUGUCUUUCCCUCUGGGGACAAGGAGCCCGCCCCGCGCCCGACCUGUGCUUCAAGGAGGUUAACAAGGCCGGGGACUCUUAUGGCAACUGUGGCAAGGACACAACGGGGGAGUACAGGAGGUGCCGGGAAAGGGAUGUGAAAUGCGGUAAGAUCCAGUGUCUGAGCACCGCGCCCAAGCCCCUGGAGAGGAACGCUGUAGCCAUCGACACCAACAUCCCGCUGGGGGUCGACAAGGUCUUGUGCAGGGGGACCCACGUGUACCAAAGCAGCCAAGGGGACACGUUGGACCCGGGCCUGGUGAUGACUGGAACCAAGUGUGGGCAAAAUGGGAUCUGCUUCGAGGGAGAGUGCCGCAAUGCUUCCUUCCUGCAAGCCAACGACUGCAGCAACAAGUGCCACGGUCACGGGCUAUGCAACAACAACCACAACUGUCACUGCACAGACGGCUGGUCACCACCCAGCUGUGCGCUGGAGGGGACAGGUGGCAGUAUCGACAGUGGCCCGCUUCCCCCCCGCAGCCGAUGGCUCCUCCUCAGCAUCCUCCUCCCCUUUUUGUUCCUGGGUCUGGGGGCUGCAGCUCUCUGGUACAGUUACAAGAACAGGCUCUGGCACAAGAGGAAUCACGUCCCUUCAUCCACAUCCACUGUCCCUGUUGGCCAUGGGGCACCUGGCACGCGUGUCAGCCAGCAGAAGAAGCAGGGGCCGGACGGAGAGGUCGGUCACCGGCAAAGCCCAGCUGGUCCCUCCAGGGUUAGGUCCUCCAUUGUGCGUCCCACUGAGAAACCACCUCCUGUACCGGCCUACGCCAUACCACAGAAAACUCCCCGAAUACCCCCAUCCAGACCACCCCCAGUAUUCCAGCAGCCCAUUUGCGUUUCGGCUAAGCCUCGGCCCGAGCCCCCCCAAAGACCCCCUCCCCCUCACGUGUACGCUGAAGAUCGACCCCAGCCUAAGCCCAACCAUAAAGGCCAACCGAUGCCCCCUAAAGGUCACAAACCGAAAGCCAGUAUUCAGAAUGACCUCAGUGGCGAAAGCUGAGGACAGUCCUGCUUGGAAUUCUCAGUAUCAGGUCAUCAAAUUGCACUGUUGGUCUUUUCAAGCAUCCCUUUACAAGAACAUAAUUAGCUGCGGGAGAUCUGUAAGAUGGUUAAAAUCCCUAGUAUUCAAUCUGCCUUACAUACUUGAAAUUUGAAAUCCUGUAUACUUGUAAUUUUUGUUGCAUAAAUAAGAGUAUUACAUGGCUUGUCGAAUGUCAGUACGUGAUGUGCUGAUGUGGCUUUUAUUUGUAUUUAUUGUCAUAAUAUUAGCAUUGUAGUUCAGGAAAAAGCAUGAGUAAAUUAUGAAGUCACUUAGCUAAACAUUGUGUUUUGUGAACAGAGCAGUGUGAGAUAGAUUUCAGGAGGAGAGAAGGGGAGUCCGGAGCUUUCAGCUGGAGGCGCUGGGCAGAUCUCUCCCGCCUCCCAUCAGGCUAGAGAGAGCCACUCUCCGCUGAGUAGUAGCAAUAACUUUGGGCUGUGAAGGAUAAUGGGUACAAGAAGCUGCCAGUUACCCCUUUACACUUUACUGAGCCUGAACCGCUGGAGCAUCUGGGCACUGGGGCUCGUGGUGCUAAACUAAUCACUUCUGUGCGUUCUUUGCAUCUGGAAACAUCUCGCCUUUUUUGGAUAUUGGAUAUUGGCUGAAUUGUACAUAUAAACUCACAGAUACAGCUGAGUAACGCACUGUAAAGAUAAUUUCAGGAACAUUUUGCAAAUAGUAUGCUUUUUACUAUGGAACAGCAGCAAAGAAUGGUGCCAGAACCGUCGUAGGUUAAAAGCUAACACCAGACAUUUCAGGUUUUAGAAGUAUGCAGUGCUGUUUCUCAACAAACUUAAGAAUUUAGUUCUUCACAGAGUCCUGCUCUGCCAGGCUGCCGUUGUCCAUCAAUCUGAUGUCAGUCAGUAUGCACUUUAAACAUGACAGUGAGCCAGAGCGAAGACCGCGGUCAGCAAGCUCUUUGAGUGCCACCUCACUGUUGAUAGACCCGGGAGCUUGAAAUACAGGGACAAUUCUUUAAAUAUCAAGCAGAUGAAGGUCUCGCCUGCUUUCGAAAGAUGAAAAGGUAUGCUGGCUUUUCUCAGUGUCAGCUGGCAUAUCAGAGAUGCUUCCGUGUGACAAAGUUGAGUUUAUAGAAUUAUUUCUUAUGUUUUAUUUUGUGCAAGCUUCAUGUGACAUUAAAAACCCAGCACCUCAAAGCAUGUAUUCAGUAAUGCGGUUCAGAAUAGAGAGACAUUGGGAAAUGAUUUUCAGCUUACCUUUUUCCACUAUAUUGACUAUUGAUGAUGUAGGUUACAUAAACAAAAGGCCUUGUUUAAAUACAUUUGUGGACCUAUGCAAAACAGGUUGUGAGAUACAUUGUGCCUUUUUGUUAUUUCACACGAAUAUUAAACUUAUUAAAUGGA